AUGAUAUUUGACAUUAACAGUUAGAAUGGUAGUUCUUCUUAAAUAAUAUAUAUUGGAUCUCCAUAUAUUAGUUAUUAUUUUGUAUAGAUGAUGCAUAAGUAAAGAGAUAUUUUAAUUUUUAUAAGAUCAAAAAAUUAAGAUCUUAGUAUCUUGGAUAUAAGUUCUGGAAUAUUAAAUGAUUCUUAAUUUGUUAUAACUAUGAAACUUGUUAGUGAAUGA